AUGGCGGAGAUGGAGGCGGCCGCUGGCGCAAACCAGGUGAACGGCUCCGCGGCCACAAAGUUCACAACCAACCCCUACGAAACAAACCCCGAUCAAAUUUCUAGCGAUGACCCGUUUCUUUCCCAGAGCGCGCAGUAUGGCCGCUACACACCCCGCGCCGACGAUUUCACCCCUCGCUUCAUGAACUGGUAUCAGUCUGACCCGGCCGUGAACUCGUUCUGGGAGAAGGUCUCACAGCAAUACUGUACCCCGGAACACUCACUCAAUAUCUCAGGGCCGAGGGAGGCAUUCGCGGCCGGGAGUAUAAUUAUUUGGGUUGACCGCGAACCGGCCGAUGGAGCAGCGGCUGAGAGUUACUCGUCUGCGAAUGCGAAUGAACUGUCAGCUGCGCAGAAGGCAGAGGACUCGCUCAGAGAGAUUGGAGUCGCAGUGCCUGUGUUAUAUUUUUGCGGGAUAAUUGAGGGGAGGAACGUGACAAUCGAGUCCCGCAUUGCGGGUGUCUCGCUGGAAGUUGCGUGGAGGUAUCUUGACGUGGAGCAGAUCGAGGUUUUCAAGAAUCAGUGUCGCCAGAUCCUCCAACGACUCGGAACAAUCGAUUCCCCCCAAAACGAACCGUCCUAUAUAUGCCGUGAACUCAAUGCCCAAAUCCCGCCCUCCGCCGAGACCCGCGAACGAGAUAUCCUAUUCACAGAAAGAAGCAAGGAGGAGGAACUAUCUUUAACACACAACAACUUCAUCCCGAGCAAUAUCAUUGUUCAGGAUAACCGGGUGGUGGGGAUUACUGGUUGGCGACAAUGCGGAUAUUUUGGCACCGUCAGAGCUAAGAAGGUCCACCAACUCUUCAGGGAUCUUGGACCUGCGUCUCAAAAUGGCGUGGCCAGUUCCAAGAAGAGUGUGACGUGGAUCGACCUCUACGAUGGUGCAUACGACCCCAGUAAGGGCAUUCCGCUGGUCGCAAACCAAGAUACACCCUUACCGUCAGUCAAAACCGAGCCAACAAGCUCUACUCUCGAUAAAUUCCCAGCUAGCGAUGACUUGGACACAAAUUCACUAGGCCUUGAUGGCGCGGUUGACUACGCGACAUCCAAAACAGUGGCGAACCUGAAGCACGGGCUGACAUCGAGAGCGUCAUCGUCCGACCGGUCCUCCCCAGCAAAUUCUGUCAAACCAGCAAACAAAAAGCCCACAACAAACACUAGCAAGAAGGGAACUGCAAAGAAACCCGCCGCUAAGAAGCGCAAGGUGAAUGACCCGGACGCAGACAGCGUUGAUGGGCGGCGUUCCAACACACCAGUUUCCCUCGCGAGCAAGACACCCGCCAAGAAGCAAAAUUCCGUCUCGACAGCAGGGUCACCGCCUCCCGAGGAGAAGAAGAAGCCACAGAAGAAAAAGAAGAAAGGGCCCAAACCAGCUGCUGCCCAGGAAAAUGACGACUCCGAUAGCUUUGAUGAAAACGCGAUCUUCUGUAUCUGCCGCCGACCUGAUAACCACACGUGGAUGAUCGGGUGUGACGGCGACUGUGAUGACUGGUACCAUGGGAAAUGCGUCAAUAUCGAUCCUCGAGAUGCGGAUUUGAUCGAGCGGUAUAUCUGCCCGAAAUGCGCAAGUGAAGGAAAGGGAUGCACAACAUGGAAACCGAUGUGUCGUCUAGUCGAGUGCCGCAAGCCUGCGCGGGCCAAGACGAAGCCCCCGAGCAAAUACUGUUGUGAUGACCACGGCCGGGAAUUCAUGCGCCAACAGACUCAGCAACUUAAACAGCGUGCCGGUCAGGCGAACGGUCUCUUUGAAGACCUGGGUAGCAUGGGUGGCAUUCUUACAGCUGGGGACCUGAAAGCUGCCAUCAUGGGGGUAGCAUCUACCCAAGAAUUUCGAAAGCUUGGAGAUCGCAUCAUCUCCCCGCCACCACGGGUAGACCAGAAAGAAACUGCUGUAGCUGGGAUUAAGGCCGAAUCAAAGCCGCAGAGCGGCAGGUGGUUGGGAGUUGACGUCCAUGCCAACGGCCUGGAAUACUCGCCCGAUGAGAUUGCGAAGAUCGAAAAGCUACGCGCGCAGCGUGAUGAGCUCCUCCAUCGUAAAGAGAUGCUUGCGGCACGCACGACGUUUGUCUCGCUUCUCAAGCCACGCGCCAAGGGCGUAGUCGAGAAACUGAAGCAGCACGAGCCGAAGGGCGGAUGGAAAGAUAUCUGUGGCUUUGACUCGCGACUCUCGUGGUCCGACGAAGAAUUCGAUGAAUGGCGACUCUCCGACGCUGGAAAGAAAGCUCUCGCGGAGGGAACGGCUGAAGCUUUGGCUGUGAUCUCCUCUGCUGGUACCGAUACAGACGGGGACACCGCGAUGAACGGCGACGGCGAUGACGAUAUCACAUUCUGGACGCGUGGCGUCUGCACUAAGAAGCGGUGCGAGAGACACAAGCAGUGGGUCAAAGUGCAACAGCAAGACAUCCUCUUCGAGGAGGAAACAGCAGAGCAGGACCUCGCCAAGUGUGAGGAGGAAGCUCGGUCUGUGGUGGAGCGGGGUGUGAUGAGACGAUGGGCCGAGAAGGAUAAUCAGGCUUGA